AUGCAUCUGCACUUUCACACCACCACCACCUCCAUCACCAUAGCUGCCACCACCAUGAACAACCUCCUACCUCCUCCCCUGCUCUGCCUUCUCUACCUUUCCACCCAUUUCCAAAUCUCCCGCUCCUACACUCCCGCGGAGAAUAUUGCCAUAAAUUGUGGUAGCCCGACCGGCGCCGUCGCACCAGAUGGCCGAAGCUGGACCGGAGAUAACCCUUCAAAAUUCCUAACCCCAGAACAUCUCAACUCUUCUUCCACCUCCAAAGCCUUCUCCCAAGACUCUGCUCCCCCAAUUCCCUACAUCACUGCUCGCAUCUCCUAUUCCAAAUUCUCCUACACUUUUCCGGUCACCGCCGGCCUCAAAUUCCUCCGCCUCCAUUUCCACUCUUCUUCUUACUCCGCCCUCAAUAUUUCCGAAUCCUUCUUCUCUGUUACCGUCAACCAUCGCUACACCCUCCUCCACAACUUCAGUGCCCUGUUCGCCGCUCGUUUUCUCAACAAAACUUACUUUUUCAAAGAGUUCUGUGUUAAUAUAGAAACAGGGUCGAGACUAAACUUAACCUUUUCUCCAUCUUCGCCGGGACAUUUUGCAUUUAUAAACGGCAUCGAGGUCGUCUCCAUGCCAGAGAGGCUCUACUUAUUUGAUCGAGGAAUUCACGUCGCCGGGCAAAUUCAAGAUUUUUCAAUCGAAAACUCGACAGCCCUCGAAAUGGUUUACCGGUUAAACGUCAAAGGGCAGGCCAUUCCGCCGGCGGACGACAGCGGCAUGUUUCGCGCUUGGUCAGAAGACGACCCCUACGUGUUAGAUGCAGGAGCAACCCAAGAGCUUUUAAACAUGAUGAUCGAUAUCAAAUUCGGCGAAGUCCCAAAUUACACAGCGCCGGAGAUCCUGUACCGCACGGCGCGAUCAAUCAAACAGAGCAAUAAUCUCACUUGGGUUUUCCCCGUCGAUUCGGGGUUCUACUACUUAAUUAGGCUCCAUUUCUGCGAGAUUGUGGAUGAAAUUAUGGGAAUUAAUCAAAGAGUGUUUAAGAUUUUGCUCAACAAUCAAACUGCCGACGAGCACAUGGACAUCAUGGGUCAUGAACAAUGGUCGGGAAGAGGAUUUCCAAUUUACAGAGAGUUCGUCGUGAUGGUUCCCGAAUCGGAGAAGCAAGAUCUCUGGCUUGCGCUCCGUCCCGUCAUCGGAAUCGAAACAGAGUCUUAUGGCGCUCUGUUAAACGGGUUGGAGAUAUUUAAAAUCAACAACAGCAAGGGGAGUUUCACGGGUCCGAGUCCUUCGGAACAAUUCGGGACACAUAUUCGGAUACCGGAGCAUCCGAAGAAGAUCCGAAUGGUGCUGGUGGUUGGAGCGGCGGUGCUGGGAGGAGCUAUUGCGAUCUUGACUCUGUUUUACUUCGUUUUCCAGCGAAGGAAGGCGAAGAGCUCACUUUCCCGGGAAAAGUUGGCGAAAACGCGGUCUCAGCCUCGGGUCUCCGUCGACACUUCUCACUGGCCGAGAUUGAGCGGCGCCGGCACGGUGGUUGAAUCUGCUUCGUGGUCCGAACGGGAGGCUGUCACGAGUUUUGCACCCUAA